AUGAAAGCAGAUAGCGCUGCUUGGCUAGAUGAUAGUGAAGUUGAAACAAGAGAAGAUGAGGAACAAAACAUCAAAUUGGCAGAAAUUUUGGAACUCUUGGUGGCUGCUGGGUAUUUUCGAGCAAGAAUCAAAGGAUUAACACCCUUUGACAAGGUGGUAGGUGGCAUGACGUGGUGUAUCACUACCUGCAACUUUGAUAUCGAUGUUGAUUUAUUGUUUCAGGAAAACUCUACUAUUGGUCAAAAAAUUGCCUUAACUGAAAAAAUUGUAUCAGUAUUACCAAAAAUGAAGUGUCCUCAUCGCUUGGAACCACAUCAGAUUCAGGGAUUGGAUUUCAUUCAUAUAUUUCCAGUUGUACAGUGGCUGGUGAAACGUGCAAUAGAAACUAGAGAAGAAAUGGGAGACUACAUCCGUUCUUACUCUAUAUCACAGUUUCAAAAAACUCAUAGACUACCAGAGGAUGAUGAAUUUAUGCAAAGAAAAGAGAAGACUAUCAAAACAGUUACCAAUAUCUUUGAGAUAUACAAACCCCAGAGAAAAUAUAAACGUCAGGAGGGAGCUGAAGAACUGCUAGAUGAGGAAUCAAAAGUCCAUGCUACACUUCUGGAAUAUGGCAGGAAAUAUGGUUUUAGCAGACAAGCAGGAAAAGCGGAACAGGCUGAAGAUAAAAAACUUGUGCUACCUCCAGGGCUUGCAGCAGCAGGAAAAGCUGAGGCUGGUGAUGAAGCUGAUCUCCAGGCUGCUGAAGAGCUUCGCAUUAAAACUCUGAUGACUGGAAUGGCAGCGAUGGCAACAGAAGAGGGCAAGUUAACAGCAAGCACAGUAGGCCAGAUCGUUGGACUUCAGUCAGAUGAGAUCAAGCAAAUAGUGUCAGAAUAUGCUGAAAAGCAAUCUGAGCUUUCUGCAGAGGAGCGACCAGAAAGACUUGGAGCUGCCCAACAGCACAGAAGGAAAGUGGCAUCUCUGAAUAAGCAGAUUUUGCAGAAAACCAAAAUCCUGGAAGAACUGCAAGCUAAAUGUGCAGAUCUGCAGGCAAAAUGUACUGAAGCAAAGAAGGCAUUAACUGAGGUUAAGAGCUCCAGUGAAAAGCUGGACAAGGAAUUGGCGGCCUUAGAAAAAAUAGAAUCCCAAGCAGAUUCCAGUGUAUUACAGAACCUGCGAGCACUUGUAGCUAUGAAUGAAAGCCUCAAAAGCCAGGAGCAGGAGUUCAAAGCACAUUGUAGGGAAGAAAUGGAGCGUCUUCAACAAAAUAUAGAGAGUUUGAAAGCAGAGGCAGUGGAAAAUGGGGAAGAGGAGCCUCAUAAGCUUAUAGAUGAGCAGUACAAAACUGAGAAAGAAAAGCUUCAAAAGAUCCGGCUUCUACUGGCCCGAAGAAACAGAGAAAUAGCCAUUUUGCAACGCAAGAUUGAUGAAGUACCCAGCCGAGCUGAGCUAACGCAGUAUCAGAAAAGAUUUAUUGAACUUUACAGUCAGGUGUCAGCAACUCACAAAGAAACUAAACAGUUCUUUACUCUUUAUAAUACACUGGAUGAUAAGAAAGUAUAUUUGGAGAAGGAGGUUAACCUGCUGAAUUCUAUUCAUGACAACUUCCAUCAAGCAAUGGCUUCUUCUGGUUCUCGUGAGCAGUUUUUACGGCAGAUGGAGCAGAUUGUAGAAGGCAUUAAGCAGAAUCGGAUGAAGAUGGAAAAAAAGAAGCAAGAAAACAAAAUGCGGAGAGACCAGUUGAAUGAUGAAUAUUUGGAGCUUCUAGAGAAACAGAGACUUUACUUUAAAACAGUGAAAGAAUUUAAGGAGGAAUGCCGAAAGAAUGAAAUGCUGCUGUCUAAGUUGAAAGCUAGUUCUCCCUGAAGGACUCCAGCUGAUGAAGUUAGAAGCAGUUGUUCAGUCUGUAAAUUGAAUCUUUCGUGAAGUGACAAUAACUGCAAUGUUGACAUACAAAUAUAUAUGUGUGUGUGUAUGUAUAUAUGCACAUAUAUAUACACACCUGUAGAAGUCUGUCUUUUUCCAGUAUGUAUUCUGUUUUACAUUCCUUCAUUUAUUGGCUGUAUUAUUCAUUAUUUUCUCCACUACACAGUAAAGAGUUAAUGCAGUACAGAAAAAUAGAAGUACUGUGUAACUUUA